ACCAGAAAGUUUAAUGAUUACAUUAUUAUCUGAUAACAACGGAACAAACAAGCCCUGAGAGAGCAGAGACUGGAGGACUGUAUGAGACACAGAGAGCGUGGACAGUGUUCAACUACCGACCCCAACCAUGAGAGGAAGCCGUAGAUACAAGCAUGUCAUCGAGACCCCUGAUCCUGGGAAGUGGGAGUUAGCUGGAUAUGAGGAAUCUCUUCCCAUCAGUGAGAAGUCCAAUCCCAUCACUCGGGAACUGGAUAAAGCCGACCCCAACCAGAUGGUGCAACUUCUGAGAGACUGCGAUGCUGAAAUAUUUCAAGAGGAAGACGAGUCCAUUAUCAACUAUAAGAGGCUGUACAGUGAGUCCAUUCUACAGACAGUAGGGGACAUCGCCAAGCGGGUGCAGGACAUCAUAGAGAAUCCCGAUGAUGGGCUCAUCGUCCUGAGUGGGUGCGGCACGUCCGGGCGUUUGGCGCUGCUCCUGGCGAAUUCCUUCAACCACCUUCUACAAGGUCUGCACAAGAAGCCAUGUUACACGUACAUCAUAGCAGGAGGUGACAGGUCCAUCGUGGCGGCACAGGAGGCACCUGAGGACAGUCCAAUACUGGGAGCACAGGAGCUGGAGAGGGUAUGUGCUGGGAAGAAGAAGGUCAUCUACCUGGGCAUCUCCUGCAGCUUAUCGGCUCCAUUCAUUGCUGGUCAGUUGGACUUCUGUAUGAAGAACCUGGAUGUCUUCCUGCCAGUCCUGGUAGGGUUUAAUCCAGUCAGCACAGCCAGGAAAGAGGGGAUCGAAGGCUGGACCUCCACCUUCCUGCAAGUGGCUGAGAGGAUGCAGAGCCUUCACGACACACAGCAGGGCUUUGUGCUGAACCCAGCCAUUGGGCCAGAGGGCAUCUGCUGCUCCUCACGUAUGAAAGGUGGCAGUGCGACAAAGAUCCUGCUGGAGACACUGUUCCUGGUGGCCCACAAAGCCAGCUCUAAUGUGGAGGUGACCGAGAAGUGUUUGUUGGAAAUCUUGCGGACGUAUGAGAGGGCGCACAAGGUGACCUACGCCAACAGCAAGAAAAUAGCUGCUUUGCUCAAGCAGUCUGCCACCAGUCUACAGAAGAAGGGUCACCUCUACAUUCUUGGCUGGGGGACCUUGGGAAUGAUGGCGAUCAUGGAGGCGGCGGAGUGCGUUCCGGCCUUUUAUGCAGAUUGGAGAGAUGUACGCGGCUUUAUAAAUGGAGGAUAUCAAACAAUGGAGAACAAAGAGGGCAACCUGACCUCUCUGGGUGCUGAAUUUGCUGUUUCCCAUGAAGACUUUGUGAAGAGUGUCAUCCCAUCCAUAUCUGAGACGGACACUAUCCUCUUCCUCUUUACGAUUGAUGAUGAGCUCAGUGCGGUAGAGAAGCUGGUGGAUCUGGUGAAGGAGAAGACGUCGAACAUCUUUGCGGUUUCUCAUACUACAGCAGGACAAUACCUGCCGAAUUCUACCAAAAAGCUCAUCCCAAACAUCAUCAGUAUUACGUGGCCCAUCCUGUUCCUGGAGUAUGAGGGAGCCUUUAUCCAGAAGUUCCAGAGGGAGCUGAGCAGUAAGUGGAUCCUAAACACAGUGACCAGCGGGGCCCAUGUUCUUAAGGGCCAAGUUUACCGUAACUUCCCGGUGGAUUUUAGAAUCAGUAAUAAUAAACACUUUCAUAGGGCAGUCUCCAUCCUACAGCGACUGACAGGACACUCCCAGACCCGGUGCACAGAGGCGCUUUUACAGUCCAUCCAUGGAGAGCAGCUCUUGAGUGAUCAGACUAAGAACACAGAGAUAUCCAGACAUGUAGAGUUGGCUUCAUCGAAGGACAGGGUUCUUCCCAUGGCCAUCGUGAGUUUGUUACGGAAUUGCUCUGUUCAGGAGGCCAAGACCCGCUUAGACUCCGCGGUGACCGUCCGAGCCGCCAUAGAAGCAUCUUUCAGCGUUCCUGGAAGGAAAAGGGGGGCCGAGAGCACAGAGGAGGAGGGGCACAGUUGAUAGGUGCCCUGGAAACCAUAUAGUUAUUUUUUUUUUAUUUCUAUUGUCAUUUUUUUUUUUUUCUUAUGUGAUAUUGUUUUUUACAAAAUGAAUAUUCACCAUAUUUCAACCCACAAAAAUGAUAAUGAACUGUGAUAACCUCAAUGUUUGGAAGAAAAUUUAAUUUUCUUAAAGGACCCUUAGGCUGGGUUCACACUACAGCACGGAGCAGCUCACAGCAAGGGUCCCCAUUCACCUUUUCGGGUCCAAAUUCAGUCUGAACUUUUGGCUGAAUUUGGACCUGAAACGCACAAGAAGACGCACAGGACUCCUAUGCAAUUCACACCGGAGCGGCCCUGGAGAUGUAUGAAUCUCCUGAUAUGUGAAUUGGAUUCGGGAAAACAUUAGUGUGAACCCAGCCUCAAAGUUUUUCCACUGAUAGCACAGCUUUUUUUUUUCUAAAUAGACCAACCUAUGGUAAGGCCUUCUCACUUAGAGCGGAACUGCAACUUUCCCAAUAAAAGUAUUGUUAUAUUUGUAAUUAACUCAA